CGCGCAGCUGCUCUCCACUUCAGCCAGGAUUUUGCUGGAUUCAUGGUACGCACGUUCUGCUCUCUGAAGACAUCUAUAAUGGAGCUAGGUCUCGUCUGCUCGAGGACUUUGUAAUCGGACUGCUUUAGACUGGUUACUGUGACUGUGAGGAGAGACUAUGUGUUCUUCGGGAUGGGUGCGAACAAUGGCAAACAGUGUGGAAGUGAAGGCAAGGGUAGCUCCAGUAUCUCCUCCGAUGUGAGCUCCAGCACCGAUCAUACGCCCACCAAAGCUCCCAAGAAUGUGGCUACCAGUGAAGAUUCGGACUUGAGCAUGAGGACACUAAGCACUCCCAGUCCUGCCCUCAUUCUGAAGUCAAACCCUUCCUGUGUCUCCCCUCAAACAGUCCCAAACGGCCAUGAACCGUCUUCCACAUCUUUUAACGUCACUGGGGAAACAGUUGCCCUGGUUCACCCGCCUCCAGGCACUCGCUCACGGCCUUCCAAAGUUCCUCCCACCACCCUCAUUGAUAUCCUGCCCGAUCCUGUUUUACUCCACAUCCUGUCUUACCUGUCCACCCCUCAGCUGUGCCGCUGCGCUCGAGCGUGUCACCGCUGGUAUAACCUGGCCUGGGACCCGCGGCUCUGGAGUACCAUUCGUCUGACUGGAGAGCUGCUGAACGCUGACCGAGCCCUCAAAGUGCUCACCCAUCGCUUGUGUCUGGACACUCCCAACGUCUGUCUGACCCUGGAGACGGUGGUGGCCAGUGGCUGCCGGAGGCUGUCGGAUCGCGGGCUGCGUGUGGUCGCUCAGUGCUGCCCAGAACUGCGGCGUUUGGAGGUUGCAGGCUGCUAUAAUGUGUCCAACGAAGCAGUGUUUGAUGUGGUAUCCCAGUGUCCCAAUCUGGAACAUCUAGACGUAUCAGGCUGCCCUAAAGUGACCUGUAUCAGCCUGACGGAGGAGGCGUCUCUACAGCUCACACCUCUACAUGGACAGCAGAUCGGCCUGCGAUACCUGGACAUGACAGACUGUGUAUCACUGGAGGACAAAGGCUUGAGGACCAUUGCCUUUCAUUGUCCAUGUCUCACACACCUCUACCUGCGCCGCUGCAGCCGGCUAACAGACGAGGCCCUGCGACAGCUAGCACUGCACUGCACUGCUUUACGUGAGCUUAGCCUUAGCGACUGCCCUCUGAUUGGAGACUUUGGCUUACGUGAGGUCGCUCGCCUUGAGGGCCGUCUACGCUAUCUGAGUGUGGCACACUGUAUGCGCAUAACAGACGUUGGACUGCGUUAUGUAGCACGCUACUGUCCGCGGCUCCGCUACCUGAAUGCACGGGGAUGCGAGGGGUUGACGGACCAGGGUUUGAGCCACUUAGCUCGCAAAUGCCCCCGAUUGCGGUCUGUAGAUGUUGGCCGCUGCCCACUGGUGUCAGACACCGGGUUGGAGGUGUUAGCACGCUGUUGUGAAGGGCUACGAAGGCUGAGUCUGAGAGGCUGCGAGAGUUUGACAGGGAGAGGGCUAAUGGUGCUAGCAGCGGGGUGUCCCGAGCUGCAGUUACUAAACGUACAAGAGUGUGAGGUGCCACCUGAGGCACUUCGACUGGUCCGACAGCAGUGCAGACGCUGUGUAAUAGAACACACCAUACCUGCUUUCUACUGAGGGGACAGGUUGGGGACGCCAGAGGUGUCGACCUCUGAAAAACAGAUGUUUAUACUUUUUGCAUUCCUAUGACUGCCUGAUGAGAUGCAACAAGGUGGAUGUGUCUCAAAACCUAGUGCAGGGGUGCUCAGUCAUGCUCCUGGAAGGCCACUCAUGCAGAGUUUAGCUCCAACACACUUGAACAAACAUUUCUAGUAAUCCUGACUGUAAUUGGUUGGUUCAGAUCUGUUUAAUUUGGGCUUGGAGCUAAACUCUGCAGGACAGUGGCCUUCCAGGAGCAGGACUGGAAGUUCUUUACCUAGUUAAUCUAUUCACUGUCUACUUCAGUGUUUCCCAACCCUGUUCCUGGAGGCACACCAACAGUAUAUAUUUAGGAUGUCUCCCUUAUCUGUUUCAUACAAAUGAAGUCUAGGAGUGUCUACUAACAAGCUGAUGAGUUGAAUCAGAUUUAAUUAUGAAGAGUUUGGAAAUGUGUACUGUGUCUCCUGCUCAACUCAAGGGUGUCAAACCCUGCUCCUGAAGGAUCACUGUUGUGAAGAGUUUAGCUCCAACACACCUGCCCAGAAGUUUCUAGUAAUCCUAAAGACCUUGAUUAGUUUGUUCAGAUGUGUUUUAUUCAGGUUGAAGGUUUAAUUCAGGCCCUCAAGGUGCGGGAUAGGUCACCCCUUACCUAGUGAGUCAACGUGUCAUCUACUUCAGUGUUUUCCAACCUUGUCUCUAGGAAGAGUUUGAAAACGUGUACUGUGUCUCCAUAAACAGGCAUGGGAAACAUUGGCCUACUGAAAUUCUGGGGCAAAUAAAGACCUUGAUAAGCUUGUUCAGAUGUAUUUAAUUCAGACUGGAGCUAAAGUCUGCUGGAAGGUGGCCUCCAGGAACAGGACUGGAAACCCCUGACCUAGUGAAUUGGCUUGGUGUCUACUGCAGUGUUUCCCUACCUUGUUCCUGGAGGUACACCAACAGUAUACAUUUUUUAUGUCUCCCGUAUCUGACCCAUCCAUUUCAGGUCUAGGAGUCUCUACUAAUGAGCUGAUAAGCUGAAUAAGAUCUGUUUGAUUAGAAAGAGUCUGAAAAUGUGUACUGUGUCUCCAUGAACAGGCUUGGAAAACACAGGUCUCCUGCAACUCUGGGGCAACUAAAGGCCCGGGUAUACUUCACUUUCUGCAUUCAGCUGCGUCAACAAGGCUUUCAAAGUAUACUCAGCCACAAAUGGAUGAGCUCGGCACAUGCACAGUAGACACCUACUCGACUCGUUCUGUCUCAACAUUCACCUUGCACCUGUGCUAUUGUACGUGAACCAUUUUUGUGACUACAUGGACGUCCUUUGACACUUCUGAUGACAAAAGUUGCAUCACAAGGACAGUGUGCAAACUCUUAUAAGUAUACUUUUGGCUUUGGGGUGUCAAACUCUGGAGGACCACUGUCCUGUACAACACACCUGCCCAGAAGUUUCUAGUGAUCCCAAAGGCCUUGAUUAACUUGUUCAGAUGUGUUUAAUUUGGGUUGGAGCUAAACUCUGCCGAAAUGUAGCCCUCCAGAAGCAGGAUUGGACACCUCUGACGUAGUGAGUCGACUUGCUGUAUACUGAAAUUCUAGGGCAAGUCAGUGGUGUUAAACCUUGCUCAUAAAAGGCCAUGCAGAGACUAGCUGAAAACCUAAGAUAAACUAAACUUACCUGAACCAUCUGAAUAAAUUCUAGGAUAAGUAGGAAGUUCUGGACAGGUGUGCAGGAGCAGGUUGGAUCUAAACUGCAGGAUGGAGGCCCUACAAGAGUGAGAUUAGACAUUAACAGACAAAUAAACAACAUCUUAAAGGGAUAGUUCACCCCAAAAUGAAAAUUUGAUGUUCAUCUGCUUACCCCAAGAUGUAGGUGACUUUGUUUCUUCAGUAGAACACAAAACGAUUGGUCUGUGCAAGAAAUUGAAC